UCUAUGGCGCUCUUCCAGGUUCGAAUAUUCCCCGCUAGGGUUCCACCAUUGGUGUUAGGUUUUGUGGGCGAUUGACUCGAUCGACGAAGCGCGCGCCCCCGUGAUCUUCCAAGAUGUGGAGGCAAUCGCUCAUCGAUAAGAUGGAGGUGCGGAACACCUACCGCAACCUCUGGCACACCGAUCUCACGCAUUCCACUCUCAACGAUUGUCCAUUUUGCUGCUUUGCCGCCUUCUGUGCACCGUGUGCUUCUUAUCUCUUGAGAAAGCGGGCCCUUCACAACGACAUGUCCAGAUACGUAUGCUGCGCUGGAUAUAUGCCUUGCAGUGGCAGCUGCGGCGAGCAAAGCUGUCCGGAACUUUGUCUCUGCGCUGAGGUGAUGCUGUUCUUCCCAAACUCCGUCCAGUCCACACGCUACUUGCUACAGGACGAGUAUAACCUCCAGAACACGAAAUGUGACAACUUCAUCAUCGGGUUUAUGUUUUGCUUGCAGCAGCUUUCGUGCAUCUUCUCGCUGGUUGCGGCCAUCGCUGGCAGCGAGGAUCUCUACGAGGCUGCCAAUAUCCUCUACUGCAUCUCGGACGGCGUCUACUGCACGGUGUGCGCGUGUAUGCAGACACAGCACAAAGUCGAGAUGGACAAGUGGGACGGAAAAUUCGGCCCCGUCGAGCGCCCAAUGCAAGCUCCAGGAUUCCAGAUGAUGUCCCGGAUCGAUCAGCCAGUUCCUCCAUCCGCUGGCUACUUCCCUCCAGCGCCGACGCAAGCUUACGGCCAGCCAUACCCGGCGGGCUAUCCUCCCACUGGGUAUCCUCCUCCAGGCUAUCCUCCGCGCGCGUAGCUCUCAAUCAAACACUCACAGAGACUGGAUUUUCGUGGACACUUUGUUCGUUCAUGGAGAGUUUUUCGAGCUAUUUGCUCUAUGGAAGAUGGCUUUUUCCUAUUGUCCAGUUUGAAUUA